CCGGCCCCGAUUUCGCUUGCAUUCAGGCCGCCAAUUACCCCAAUUAGUCGCCGAAACGCUCGUUAGCGUCGGUUUUUUUCGCGAAAAUCCGAGUCACGGACCGCAGCGCCGAAAAAAUGCGGUCCGUGACGCGGCCAACUUCGCGUGCGUGGGGUCUGUCAAAAACGUAUGUUGUUGUGGUGUCGACGGGUAACGUUUACGUGCGGGGCUGUGCGAAAAACUCGAAAUAUGUGAGAAAUCGAGCAGUGCACCGGUAGCGACCGCGUCGGCGACAAUGAAAAAGGCGUUCGGCAACGCGAAAUACCACAAGCUGCCGCAGUAUUCCUACAAAGACGUUCCCAGCCUGCUGAUCCACAGACACUCGGAUGCCGCGACGACGCCCAUGUGGCUGGCGGCCAGCGAGGCCAGCAGCCUGUCCUACGAGGAGGUCGCGCAGAGGCUGGAAGUCGACGUGCUCAAAGGUCUCACCUGGCAGGAGGCCACGCAACGCAGGCAAUUUUCCGGCUAUAACGAGUUCAAGGUGUCGGUGGAGGACCCGCCGUGGAAGAAAUAUCUCGAGCAGUUCCAGAACCCGCUCAUCCUGCUGCUGCUCGCGUCCGCGGUAGUGUCCGGCGCGAUGAAGCAGCUCGACGACGCGGUCAGCAUCACCAUCGCGAUAGUGAUCGUGGUGACGGUCGCGUUCGUCCAGGAAUACCGCUCGGAGAAGUCGCUGCAGGAGUUGACGAAGCUGGUGCCGCCGUCGUGUCACUGUUUGCGGGAGGGCACGCCCGAUUCGUUCCUCGCGCGGGAGCUGGUCCCGGGCGACAUAGUUAUCUUGGAGAUAGGGGACCGGGUGCCCGCCGACCUGCGCCUCUUCGACGCCGUCGACCUGCUGAUUGACGAGAGCUCCUUCACCGGCGAGACGGAACCGUCUCGGAAAAACACCGACUCGGUGCUCAGGCCGAACGGGGCUCACUCCUCCAACACCAACAUCGCGUUCAUGGGCACGCUGGUACGUUCGGGUAACGGCAAGGGUAUCGUGGUGAGCACGGGGACGAACAGCGAGUUCGGCUCCGUGUUCAAGAUGAUGCUCGAGGAGAAGGCGCCGAAAACGCCGCUACAAAAGUCGAUGGAUAGCCUGGGGGCGCAGCUGUCCAUGUACUCGUUCGCGAUCAUCGCCGUCAUCAUGCUGAUCGGGUGGUGGCAGGGCAAGGUGCUCCUCGAGAUGUUCCAGAUCGGGGUCAGUCUCGCCGUCGCGGCGAUACCCGAAGGGUUACCGAUCGUCGUCACGGUGACGCUCGCUUUGGGCGUGAUGCGGAUGGCGAAACGCAAGGCGAUCGUGAAAAAACUGCCGACGGUCGAGACGCUCGGCUGCGUGAACGUCAUCUGCUCGGACAAGACGGGUACGAUCACGCGCAACGAGAUGACCGCCACCGUCCUCGUCACCUCCGACGGCUACAUAGCCGAGCUGACGGGGGCGGGCUACAACGACCACGGUCAGGUGCUCCUUCACAAGUGCGACGAUCCGGAGGCGGCCCGGGAGAGCGUCGCCAAACUGCUCGAGGUCGGCGCCGUCGCCAACAACGCCGUCAUCGCCAACGAGGUCCUGAUGGGGCAGCCGACGGAGGGCGCUCUACUUGCCGCCGCCAUGAAACACGGCAUGUACAACGUCGCGGACCGUUACGUCCGUCUCCAGGAGUACCCGUUCAGCUCUGAACAGAAGACGAUGACCGUGCGCUGCGUGCCCAAGUACGAUCCCGACAAGCGGGAGGUGUACUUCACCAAGGGCGCGAUGGAGAGGAUCCUGCCCAAGUGUACCGCUUACAGCGUCAACGGCACCGUCCAGCCCAUAACGGAGCAGAAACGGGCCGAGUUCGUCGCGGAGGCGCACGAGAUCGGCCGCAAAGGCUUACGGGUGAUCGCCCUCGCCAAAGGCCCCGCCCUUCUCACCGAACUCGUCUACAUGGGCAUCGUGGGCAUCUGCGACCCGCCCCGUCCCAUGGUCCGCGAAGCGAUCAAUAUGCUGAGCGAGGCCGGCGUGCAGGUCAAGAUGGUCACGGGCGACGCAGUCGACACCGCCGUCGCCAUAGCCCAAAUGAUCGGUCUGCAGACGUCGCAGGCGAACGUGCUGUCCGGCGAGCAGCUGGACGCGUUCAGCGAGCCGGAGCUGGACGCCGCGGUGCCCCACGCGACCGUCUUCUACAGGGUGUCGCCGAAGAACAAGCUGUCGAUCGUCAAGGCGUUGCAGCGUAACGGCUACAUCGUCGGCAUGACCGGCGACGGCGUCAACGACGGCGUCGCCCUGAAGAAGGCCGACAUCGGGAUCGCGAUGGGCAAGAACGGCACCGACGUGUGCAAGGAGGCCGCGGACAUGAUCCUCGUCGACGACGACUUUUACACCAUCAUCGCCGCGAUCGAGGAGGGCAAAAGCAUAUUCCACAACAUCCGCAACUUCGUCGGCUUCCAGCUGUCCACGUCGAUCGCGGCCCUCGCCCUCAUCGCCCUCGCCACCCUGAUGGACAUCCCGACGCCCCUCAACGCCAUGCAGAUCCUCUGGAUCAACAUCAUCAUGGACGGGCCGCCGGCCCAAAGCUUGGGCGUCGAGCCGGUCAGCGAGGACAUCGUCAAGCAGAAGUCGCGCAACACCAAGGAGCCGAUGAUCACCAGGAAGCUGAUCGUCAACGUGCUGCUGUCGGCCACCUUCAUCGUCGCCGGCACCCUGUGGGUGUUCAACCGCGAGAUGAGCUCGGAAGGGAUCACGGCCCGCGACACCACGAUGACCUUCACCUGUUUCGUCUUCUUCGACAUGUGGAACGCCCUCUCCUACAGGUCGCAGACCAAGGGCGUGUUCCAGAUAGGCCUGUUCUCCAACACGUUUUUCCUCGUCGCCGUCGGCCUCUCCGUCCUCGGGCAGCUCCUCGUCGUCUACGUGCCCCCUCUGCAGAGCGUGUUCCAGACGGAAGCGCUGACCGCUUGGGACAUGGCCUUCCUCACGGCGCUCACGUCGUCCGUGUGGGUGUUCUCGGAGCUGAAGAAGCUGUUCGAGCGGCUGCUGGAGAAGAGGUGCCGCGGUAAAAAGACCCCGCUCGAGUACGUAUGACGAAGCGGGGGGCCCGUCGGGGCGAAGCCCCGGCACCGCUAGGGCCGGAGCGCUCGCGCGCGGCGCCCCCAUCGGACGACGGUAUUUAUUAUUUUUUACGACGCGCACGGGGGCGGGCCGUCGGCGCGGGACCACUCUGUAAAUAUUUACAUAAACGUUGUGUUUUUUAUUUGGACGUGCGUUUGUUUUAUUUGUGACGCCGUCGGGUACGAUUCCUCUAACCUCCCGCCGCCCACGGUUUUUUUUUUACGUAUAUGGCGCACGCGCAAACUCGCACCGCUAGUCUCUGGAAUGUCUUUCGUUUGCGCGUUUUGUACGAUUUCAGCUCACGCUUCGUCCGGUAACAGAUUCGGCGUUCACUCGAUCACCUCUUUAUUGGGUAGAUUGUUUGUAAAUAAAGUUCUUUGAAAAGUU